CGCUUCAAACGAUUUCUCCACUAGUAUCCGUGGCAUAUCAGUUCACCGAGUUUCGCCUUUUGAGCCCCCAUUAACUAUAUUUAGCAAAAAAAAACACGUGAGCUUACAUCGUAAUGGAAAAGGUUGAAGAUUCACAAGCGGGAUGCUGGGCGCUUUCUUUUAUCAGUGUACACUGUACAGCGUCACAAUAGGUACAUGACGCAUUAAUCCGUCCAUAAAUUUGAACCAUUUGCGAAAACAUCCAGCUGAGUUGAGCAACUUGUCCGGAAAUUUUUCGCUGAAUCAGUUUAUCCAGAACACGGCAGUGUAACAACAGCAUCGGGUGAUUUGAGUGCUUUCAUAGGCUUGAUGUAAUUACGUGUAUAAACGAGAUCGAUUACGAUGGAAGGCUUAAAUGUUCAAGAUAUUAGCCGAUCGCUUCAACGCUUUGGGCUUGUCGAUUAUGUGGUGUUCUGCGGAAUGCUGGUGGUGUGUAUUGGCAUCGGAAUUCUGUUUGGGUGGAAGGAUCAUACCAAGCAUGCCAGACGCCAAAGUCUCCGUCGGGGUUCGGAAGCACUCGACUAUCUGGUUGGAGGAAGACGAAUGAAGAUUUUUCCGGUGGCAAUGUCGUUGGUGGCAAGUUUCAUUUCCGGAAUCGCACUUAUGGGUGCGUCUACCGAAACGUAUUUAUAUGGGAUGCAGUUUGCGUACAUAUUCUCCGGGAUCAUAGCAAUGUGUGUCGCAAUGUAUUUUAUUUUCUUGCCCGUGUUCCAAGGACUUCAAAUAACGUCGGUGUAUGAAUAUUUACAGAUGAGAUUCGAUAGAAGAAUACGUUUGCUGGGGUCGGUGCUGUUUACAGUAGCAACACUGUUACAUCUACCCAUAGUGAUAUUCGUUCCAGCAUUAGCAUUCAAUCAAGUUUCAGGUGUUAACGUUCACUUUAUUACCUCCGUUGUGUGUACAGUAUGCAUCUUUUACACGAGCGUUGGUGGCAUAAAGGCAGUCGUUUGGACAGAUGUAGUGCAGACCAUUGUCAUGGUGGGGGCUCUUAUUUUGAUAGUUUUGAAGGGAACAGCCGACAUCGGUGGACUGGGAGUAUUGAUCGAACGAAAUUUAGCUAGCGGAAGAAUUGAGCCACCCAACUUUAAUUUAGACCCCACAGAACGCACUACAAUUUGGGCUAUUUUCUUCGGCGGUGGUUCAUUUUGGAUAGCAAAAAACUCGAUUCACCAAAUGAUGAUCCAGAGGUAUCUCUCGCUGCCAUCUCUAGCCGAUGCUCGUAAGGCAUUGAUUCUCUUCACGGUUGGAAUGAUUUGUCUGAUGAUGACCUGCUUCUACAAUGGUUUACUAAUCUACGCUACAUUUCACGACUGUGACCCCUUGACAACCAAGCUGGCAAAGGAGAAGGAUCAACUGUUGCCUAUUUUGGUGAUGAAAGUUUUUGGAGAUUAUCCCGGAAUGGCGGGACUUUUCAUUUCAGGAAUUUUCAGCGCUUCCCUGAGCUCUCUAUCGACUGGAUUGAAUUCUUUGGCAGCAGUUGUCCUGGAGGACUUUGUUAAGCCGUUUAUGGGAAGUGAACUGACGGAGCGCCAAACCCGUUAUCUGAUGAGAGGAACGGUGCUACUGUUCGGUGUCAUUGCAGUUGCUCUUGUGUUGAUUGUAGAGAAACUUGGCACGGUUCUUCAACUUUCGAUGAGUUUGGUUCCGAUAUCGUUGGGACCAUUGCUGGGAGUGUUUCUUAUGGGCAUGCUACUUCCUUGGAUCAACGCGAAGAGUGCUCUUGCUGGAACUUGCACAGGCUUGUUGACUAUGUCAUAUAUAGUCAUCCGUGCACAAAUAUCUAUUGCUAUGAAGGAGAUUUCGCAUCCCACAAAACCCCUGUCAGUUGAUGGCUGUACAUACGCUUUCAGUAAUAUCACAGAGACAGUAAAUGGUUCGAAUCACAUUAUAGUAGACAAAUCCAUCCACCACGUAUCAUUUCUGUAUUACACAUUGAUUGGAGUUAGCAGUACGGCUGUUUCAGGUUUAAUUUACAGCUUCAUCUUUGGGCGACAAAAGCUUUCCGAAAUGGACCCACUGUUAGUGGCUCCUUUUUUGAGGAACACAGUUUUUCCUAAGCAACCCACCCCUAUCACUGCCGUCGUUCAUAGUUUCGAAAAAGUUGACACUAAACUGUAGAUAAGAGCAAACCUUUAAGAACAAAUAAAAUUGAAUUGCUAUGAAACCUAA